ACCUUUCUUCAAACAGUCAUUACCAAUACAGGUGUAUCAAAGUGUAUUGUUAAAGUGCGAUUAAUAAUUUAAUGUAUCGUAAAGAAGUAAUUGAUUAUCUCAAAGCUACUUUUAGUUAGCGUGUUUAGUUAUUGUUCGAUAGGGUGUAGUAUGUGUAGUGUAUCUAGUACUAUAGCGACGCAAUCGCUCAUUGACGUAGUGGUUUUUUUAAAACAAUUUUACGAAUGACAAUUGACAAUCAUUCAUAUAUGUAACGACUGUAUUCUAGUAUUUUGACAUGUAAUUUUUGAAAGUUUUUUUUUCUGUGGUGGAUUGUUUUUGUAUAAGUUGUUGAAUGCCGAAAUAAUGCAGUGAAUGGUUUUAAUGUUCAAUAACCGAUUUGCAUAUGAGCAGAGAUUGCAAUAAAGAUAAAACUUACCCAGGUAGUGAAGAUGAAUACGAAGAAAUUAGUAGUGCUGAAUCGACAGCAAUUACAAACGAAUUAUUUCCACAUCAAAGAAGUGUUCAUUUUAUACUCGAUGAACGAGUUUCAAUCGAAGAAAGACAAACAUUUCCGCUGGUUGAACCGGAUAACCCAUCAUUUUUAGCGCCCAUAAUUCGAAUCAGCAGGGCAUCAAUCGAUGAAACUGCAACUUUUACGGAAACAUCCUCCGUUGAAAAUAACGAACCUGUAGAUAUUAAUCAUAACGAUAAGAAUUUUCUCCAUCCAAAUGCAAAUAUCCAUUCCAACGGCGGCUCUGAUAGUCGUAAGAGUAGCGCGAAAUCCAGACCAAAAACUCCGCCAUCGUUUGAAGAAUUGACUGGAGGAUUGAGCCCGAUGGCUUCGAAGGAUAAAAAAAACACGUUGUUUUUUAACGAUGGGUUCAGAAGAAUAGACUUGGUUAUGGUAUACGAAGAUGAAAAUAUCAAUAAAGGCGUUCUCAACGAGCAAGAAAACGAGAGAAUGGAGAACAGAAAAAGUUUCCAAGAAAGUUUAAUACGAGAAGGGUUGGAAUUGGAAAUAGAAGAUAGAGAGAAUUCGUAUGAUCAAAAAACUGUUUUUAUCAAAAUCCACACUCCAUACGAUGUUCUUAUGAAAUAUAGCACUGCCCUGCACAUGAAAAGGCCAGUAAAAGCACUGAUAUCAAUCUCAGCGGAAUCGUGGGAGGAGGAUGGUAAUGAAGAAGCGGAGGCUCCUUUUGAAGCCGAAAGUAGUUUCUGUGCUCCAAUCUCUAGGUGGUUCUUAUUGGAUAGUAGUUUGAUUAAUGAAGAUCCGACCGAAGCUGCUGUUUUAACUAAAGAUAGCGGAGACAAACUUCUGGUUAAAGAUAGAGAAAAAUAUUUCACAUCAGCUCAACGAACUCAGAUAGCUUGGCAUAUUCUGAUGCGAGCUCGAUAUGGAGAUGAAAAUGACGUAGGUAUUCGAAAGCUGUUGAACAAUAAAAGCUAUAUUUCUGCUUUCCCUCUUCAUGAAGGGAGAUACGAUAAAGCUGCAGAUAUUGAUUACGUGUACGAUCGUCGGGUUUUGUACUUAGAAUGGGCUCGACCGGGAAAAUGGUUCCAACAUCAGCCUUUAUGGUUAAUACGAAAAUAUUUCGGAGAUAAAAUUGCAUUGUAUUUUGCUUGGUUGGGAUUCUACACAAAUAUGCUGAUUUUGCCUUCCAUCGUAGGUUUAUGUUGUUUCAUUUACGGUCUGGUUACUAUGAAUUCUGCGGAAAAUACGCCAAGCAAAGAAAUAUGUGAUCCGAAUAUCGGUGGAAAUAUAACUCUAUGUCCAUUGUGCGAUCGUACCUGUAAAUAUCAGAAAUUGGGAGACUCUUGUUUAUUUUCAAAUAUGACCUACUUGUUUGAUAACAAUUCAACGGUAUUUUUCUCCGUUUUUAUGUCAUUUUGGGCCACUUCCUUUUUAGAAAUGUGGAAACGUAAACAGGCCAUCAUAACUUGGCAAUGGGAUCUCAAUACUGGAAUCGAAGAUGAAGAAACACGUCCAGAAUAUGAUUUGGCAGCUUCAAAGUCGUUCAAAAUAAAUCCAGUUACCAGACGCAAAGAACCUUACAUACAGACUUGGAAAAAAUUCGUUAGAUUUGCUAUCAGCGUAACAGUAGUUACAUUUAUGAUAUUCGUCGUCAUUUGCGCUGUUAUUAUUACAAUUAUAGUAAGGAUGACAACAUUUGCUUGGAUUGGUGAUAGAGAUUUUGUACUCAUUAAAAGACAUGCUAAAUUAUUAACUUCUAUCUUGGCAGCAAUCAUCAAUUUGAUAAUGAUUGUAAUAUUAACCAGGAUCUAUCAUCAUGUUGCUAUUUGGUUAACAAACGAAGAAAAUCCAAAAACUCCAAAUGAUUAUGAAAGAAGUUUCGUCGUCAAGAUUUUCCUAUUUGAAUUCAUGAAUUAUUAUUCUUCUCUGAUAUACAUAGCUUUUUUCAAAGGUCGGUUUUUCACACAUCCAGGAGAUUCAGAUUCGCGUAAUUCUCUACUAUUAAAGCUCAAAGGGGACGUAUGCGAUCCAGCGGGUUGUUUGUCAGAACUGUGCAUUCAAUUGGCAAUCAUCAUGAUUGGAAAACAAUGGUUUAGUAAUCUUCUGGAGCUAGGAUUUCCGGCAAUACGAAACUGGUGGAGAAAAAGAAUCCACAGAUCUGCUAAGAAGAAUCCCAAUCAAGAAUACACCCAUUGGGAAGAAAAUUACAAUCUACAAGAUCCCGGAAAGCUUGCCUUAUUUGAUGAAUAUUUAGAAAUGGUCAUUCAAUAUGGAUUCGUUACUUUAUUCGUUGCCGCAUUUCCUUUGGCUCCGCUAUUUGCUUUAUUAAAUAAUAUAUGUGAGAUAAGACUGGAUGCUUACAAAAUGGUUGCUCAAGCAAGACGUCCAUUAGCAGAAAGAGUUGAAGAUAUUGGAGCUUGGUAUUCAAUUCUAAGGGUCAUUACAUACUGUGCCGUUGUGUUCAAUGCUUUCGUAAUAGCUUACACUAGCGAUUACAUUCCUCGCAAAAUCUAUCAGCAUUUUUAUUCAGAAAACAAUAACCUUGUGGGAUACAUCGAUUCUUCUCUGUCAGCGUUUAAUACAUCACAUUUUUCAUCCGAUGAUGAUAAAUUGGGUAAAGGAAUAGAUAAUGAGCCUGAAAUUUGCCAAUACAGGGGUUAUAGAUAUGGACCAGAACACGAAGAUGCAUAUGGAUUAUCGCUACAGUAUUGGAUUAUAUUCGGCGCUAGACUGGUAUUUGUUGUGAUAUUCGAACACUUUGUAUUCUCAGUAACUGGGAUCCUCGCUAAUGUAAUACCCAACAUGCCGUAUCAAGUCGCCCGACAAAUUCAGCUGGAGAAAUUACUCUUAGAAAAUCAAAAUUAUUUGAAAAAUCCGAGCUCAACUUCAGGCGAAGAAAUGGAUGAUUAUGAUAAACUGCUCACGGAACUAAGAGAAGCUCAUAAUUCAGCUCAAAUUGGUGAGGUAGUAAGAAGAGGUACAUGGGCUAGAAAAUUAAGUCGACGUAUUUCUAAUGUUAGCUAUACGAUGUAUUCUAAUAACCACGAGGGACAUCGAAACACCAUCAAAAACAUCGAUUGAAAGUUGAAAUAAGUAUAACUAAUACAGCGUUGUAAAAUAAAUACAUAGGUACAGUACUUUUAAUUAUUGUAAUUUUUUUUUAUAACUAAUAAAUUAAGAUUUUAUUUUA